AUGUCCAUGCUCGACGACUUUGUCGAGCAUGCGGCUGGCCCCGGGCGGGGCGCCGUGCCCAGGCCCAGCGCUCUCGCAGGCGUCGAGUACGAAGGGUUCGAGCGCGAUGACCACGCCGACGAGGUGUCGCCUCUGGUCCGAGCCCUUGAAACAGGCUUCGUCCCUACAGCACGUGUGAGCGCCACCCUCCCGCCUCUCUUCUCCCUCAGCACCGUGCAGUACACCCCACCCGCCGACAUCCUCUUCCUUACGGCCGCCAAUAACGUGCUCUUCUUCGCGACGCAACCGCUCUCUGUAGUCAUUAUUGAUCUGAACGCCCCCGACGAGCUGGUGACGAUCGACCUGCCCCGGCCGACAGACAAGGGGCUGCGCGAUGUGACCAUCAAGGCGCUCUUUGCCGACCCCACUGCGCGUCAUCUCAUCAUUACCACAUCCACCGGCGAUGCGUUUUACCUUCCUGUCGCGGGGAUAAGCAGCCAGCAGAACCGCCGACCUCGCGCUCUACGCCUCCGCCAGAACGUUACUGCAGUUGCGUGGUCCCCCAUCCCCUCUGAGAACACCGAUCCGAGCUCCCCACCUCCGACAGACGUGCUGCUAGGCUGCGCGACGGGCGCCAUCCUCUCCCUUCCCCUUCCCCCAUCGGACGACAUUUUCAAGGUUCAACUGCCUAUGGGCAAGCAGCUUGAGCGCGACCUCCAGGUCGUGUACCACGUCGAGGGCGGCGAGACUGUCACCGGCAUCGCUUUCGGGUUCUGGAAGGAGAAGAAGGAGCGCUCCGCCUGGGCUGUGUGGACCACCAAGGACAGAGUGUUCGAGGUCCAGGCGCCUGUGAGCACCACAUUUGCAGGUGGCAAGGGUGGCGGCUGGGCUGAGGAGGUCUUCCGCACCGUUCGCGACGGCGUACCCAAGUUCCACGAAUUGCCUGGCGACCCUCCCGCGUCAGAGUUGCACACAUUCAUCCCGUCCGUCGAGGGACAAGUGGCAGCCGACCUUCCCGCACCCACCGCGGUCGCUUGGCUGACAGCAGCGGGGUUGUACUACUCAGCGCUAUCUCCCACGCCGACCUCCGAGAUCCUCUACCAGCCAUCCCUUCUCCCUUAUCCGCCAGCACCGGUCGUCGACGCUCCGCCCGCCGCGACGUUCCGUCGCAACGCGCCUCCUGUCACCGAGACGCCGGUCCCAGUUCCUAUAUCCUGCGCUGUUUCCGAAUGGCACUGGCUCUUCCUCUACGCAGACCGCAUCGUCGCCGUCUCAAGGCUCAGCGAGAAGGUCGUCUGGGACGAGCCCUUACCUCUCAGCUCCCGGCAGAAGGCGCUCAGUCUCUCCUCUGACCCCGUGUCGCGCACGUUUUGGGUGUCGACGACCCAGUCAAUUAUUGAGGUCGUCGUGCAGAAAGAGGAGCGCGACGUGUGGCGUGCCAAGCUUGAGAGUGGCAAGUACGCGUCUGCGCUCAAGUACGCGGCGACGCCCGCGCAGCGCGACAUUGUGCUCUCCAAGCAGGGCGAUGCGCUCUUCGCUGAGGGCAAGCACAUCCUCUCCGCACGUGCGUAUGCCGAGUCGACGCGUAGCUUCGAAUUCGUGACGCUGCGGUUUGUGGACGCGGACGAACGAGACGCAUUGCGCGUGUACCUCAUCGGCCGGCUCGACAAGCUCGACAAGAAGGACUUGACGCAGCGUAUGAUGAUCGCGACGUGGCUCCUCGAGAUAUACCUCAGCAAAUGCAACACGCUCGAGGACCUGAUUGCGGCCGAGGCGGCUACAAGCGAUGUGGAGACUCUGCACGUCGAGCGGGACAUGGUCGAGGACGAUCUGCGGACAUUUAUCAAGGACUACCGUGCCAACCUCGACCCUCGCGUCGUGUACGAGCUCAUCCUCGCACACGGACGCAUGGACUUGUAUCUCUACUACGCCGAGCUGAACAAGGACCACGACCGUGUUGUCGAGCACUGGAUCCAGGAGGAAAAUUGGACCAAAGCCAUCGAUGUCCUCAGCCGUCAGGACUCGCUCGACCUGUACUAUCGCUUCGCGUCGAUCCUCAUGCGCAACGUGCCUAAGCAGACGGUCAACGCGUGGGAGCGACAGGUCGCGCUUGAGCCGCGUCGUCUCAUUCCCGCUCUUCUGCAGCAGCGCUCGGAACCGCUCCCCACCAACCAGGCGGUGCGGUACCUCGAGCAUGUGGUUUUCCGGCAGGCUUCGACCGACUCGACCAUCUACAACCUCUUACUCACGCUGUACGCGAGCGACAAGGACCCGGACGACGCCCCUCUCCUUCGUUUCCUGAACUCGUGCCCAGACGACCCCAUCACUGAACGUCCCUACUACGACCUCGACUACGCCCUGCGGCUUUGCAAAGCCCACGGACGCAUCCAGCCGUGCGUGCACAUCUAUUCCCGCAUGGGCCUGUACGAGCAGAGUGUAGCACUUGCGCUCGAGAAGGGCGACCUUGAGCUGGCCAAGAUCAACGCCGACAAGCCCGAUGACGAUGAGCCGCUGCGCAAGAAGCUGUGGCUUAAGAUUGCCAAAUACGUCGUACAGGAGAAGGGCGACAUCAAGAGCGCGAUGAAGUUCCUCGAAAGUACCGACCUUGUCAAGAUUGAGGACAUCCUCCCAUUCUUCCCUGACUUUGUGGUCAUCGACGACUUCAAGACCGAGAUCUGUAGCGCUCUCGAGGACUAUUCGGCCCGCAUCGAUGAGCUCAAGGCCGAAAUGGCUGAGGCGACGCGCUCCGCCGAAAGCAUCAAGCAUGACAUUGACGCGCUGAGUACGCGCUUCGUCGCCGUUGAGAUGAGCGACAAGUGCUGGCGCUGCGGCCAGGGCAUCACGAGCCGCCAGUUCUACGUCUUCCCGUGCCAACACGCGUUCCACGCUGACUGCCUCAUCUCCAUGGCCAUGGAGUACCUCCCUUCACCCUCUCUCCGCCGCAUCCUGCACCUGCAGGACGAGCUCGUGCGUUCGGACGCGCCAGGCCAUCGCCUCCUGUCCUCACAAUUCAGCGGCACCUCCACCCCGCGCAGGCAGGAGACGGCCUCGGCAGCCGACUUCCUGCUCGGUCCCGGUCGCCGAGUCCUCGCUGCUGGCGACCGGCUGCGCGAGCUCAUCGUGCCCGACGCGCUGGCCCAGGCUGUGGUUGGGGGGAAGAAGAAUCGACCCCAGGAUGAGAGUCGGCUUGAGGCCGCCCGUGCCGAACUGGACGCCCUCGUCGCGGCCGUCUGCCCACUUUGCGAGGGCGCAGUUGCAGCGAUUGACAAGCCAUUCGUCCGUGAGGGCGAGGAUGCGGGGGACUGGGCCGUAUAG